AUGGAAAAUGUGGUAGUCUUCGUUGAUCCAUUUGAAGAAUUCCAAAAACAGAAACAGGAGAAAGAUGUUGCGGAGAAAGAAAAAGCGGAAAUCAUGAGGCAGGGAGGAACGGAAGAUGAUAAGACUACGUGGACUGGUAAACGAAUUAGGGGUGAUGGAACGGUGGUACAAAAUGAGUCGACGGGUGGAGUGGGGAAAUAUCUUAAAGCGGGUGGAACGGAUAAUGGUGUUGGAGUUGUGGAAGUGGACGAAGAGGAGGCCCCAGUUAAGAAGAAGAUAAAGUCGGGGGGAUUUGGGAAUUUUGAUGCUUGGUAG